AUGGGUCUAAGAGUUUUUAAAAUCGUUCAUACGCUCAACCGCUUACUUCUAAAAACUUUCCGACUUGGUUCCGCAGAGGAUGAUCAGAGGAAUGAAGCAUGUGAGGAAGUUCAUCAGAAUAUGCCAGAUAAAAUUAAAAAUGUAGACUUGAAAGAAAAUGUCAGGAAUCGAGACAGACCAAUGAGAAAGACAGUCGGUCAUGUGGUUGAGAAGAAAGAUGGAAGACGACAUAAUGUAGAUAUUACAAAGCACAGGAUAAUAAAGGCAAGUAAAUCCAUUCAGUGUGAAAAAUACAUCAGAAACGGAUCACAACUCUUCAUACACCAAAGAAUACAGAGAGCCAAGAAACCUUUGGAAUGCUCAGAGUGUGGAAAGAGAUGCAGUGUGAGUGGGAAUCUUCAAAAGCAUCUGACUAACCCCACAGAGACGAAACCUUACAAAUGUUCAGCAUUCAGAAAGAGAUUCAGUCAGAGUGCCAAUCUUCAGAUGCAUCAGAAAACCCACACAGGUGAGAGACCUUUUGAAUGCUCAGAAUGCGGAAAGAGAUUCAGUCAGAGUGCCAAUCUUCAGAUGCAUCAGAAAACCCACACAGGUGAGAGACCUUUUGAAUGCUCAGAAUGCGGAAAGAGAUUCAGUCAGAGUGCCAAUCUUCAGAUGCAUCAGAAAACCCACACAGGUGAGAGACCUUUUGAAUGCUCAGAAUGCGGAAAGAGAUUCAGUCGCAGUGGCAAUCUUCAACUGCAUCAGAGAAUCCACACAGGGGAAACACACUUUGAAUGCUCAGAGUGUGGAAAGAGAUUCAAUAGGAGUAACACUCUUCAACUGCAUCAGAGAAUCCACACAGGGGAAACACACUUUGAAUGCUCAGAGUGUGGAAAGAGAUUCAGUUGGAGUAACAGUCUUAAACUGCAUCAGAGAACCCACACAGGCGAGAAACCUUUUGAAUGCUCAGAGUGCGGAAAGAGAUUCAGUGUGAGUAGCAGUCUUAAACUGCAUCAGAGAAUCCACACAGGGGAGAAACCUUUUGAAUGCUCAGAGUGCGGAAAGAGAUUCAGUGUGAGUAGCAGUCUUCAACUGCAUCAGAGAACCCACACAGGGGAGAAACGUUAUGAAUGCUCAGUGUGCAGAAAGAGAUUCAGAAACAGUGGUAAUCUUCAGACGCACCAAAGAACCCACACAAGGGAGAAACCUUUUGUAUGCUCAGAGUGUGGAAAGAGAUUCAAUAGGAGUAACACUCUUCAACUGCAUCAGAGAAUCCACACAGGGGAAACACACUUUGAAUGCUCAGAGUGUGGAAAGAGAUUCAAUAGGAGUAACACUCUUCAACUGCAUCAGAGAAUCCACACAGGGGAGAAACCUUUUGAAUGCUCAGAGUGUGGAAAGAGAUUCAGUCAGAGUAGCACUCUUCUACAGCAUCAGAGAACCCACACAGGGAAGAAACCUUUUGAAUGCUCAGAGUGUGGACUGAGAUUCAUUCAGAGUAGCAAUCUUCAACUGCAUCAGAGAACCCACACUGGGAAGAAACCUUUUGAAUGCUCAGAGUGCAGAAAGAGAUUCUCUGACAGUGGUAGUCUUCGGAAGCACCAAAGAACCCACACAGGGGAGAAACCUUUUGAAUGCUCAGAGUGUGGACUGAGAUUCAUUCAGAGUAGCAAUCUUCAACUGCAUCAGAGAACCCACACAGGGGAGAAACCUUUUGAAUGCUCAGAGUGCGGAAAGAGAUUCAGUCAGAGUGGCAAUCUUCAAGUGCAUCGAAGAACCCACACAGGGAAGAAACGUUAUGAAUGCUCAGAGUGUGGAAAGAGAUUCAGUGUGAGUAGCAGUCUUCAGCGGCAUCAGAGAACCCACACAGGGGAGAAACCUUUUGAAUGCUCAGAGUGUGGGAAUAGAUUCAGUGAGAGGAGCAGUCUUCAGCGGCAUCAGAGAACCCACACAGGGGAGAAACCUUUUGAAUGCUCAAAGCGUGCAAACAGAUUCACUCAGAGUGACACUUUUCUACUACAUUGAGGAUCCCACACAAGGAGAAACAAUGUAACUUCUUAGUCUUGAAAAGAGCUUUUCUCCUGUUUCAAACCUAAAAGACAAUAAUAAUAAUAAGAGAUUGGAUUUAUACCCCACCCUUCACUACCCAAGGGAGUCUCAG